UAGUGCAUUUUGGGCUACACCAACACAGAAGCAACAACACGAGAUACAUAAAAAGACGAUGCCACGAAACGUGGAGAUUAAGGCGCGCAUGUCAGACCAGACAUUUCUAGUAAACCAAGCAGCAGAACUGAGUUCAUCUGACGGGUGUUUGAUUGUUCAAGAAGACACAUUUUUCAAUACACCAGAAGGUCGUUUAAAACUGAGACAAAUUAAGGGAGACAAAGCACAGCUGAUCUAUUACAACAGGCCCGAUAAGCCCGGACCAAAGCUUAGUGACUAUCACGUUACUAUUAUAGAGAAUCCAGGAAGCUUGAAGACCACUCUGUCAAAAGCGUAUGGAAUCAAAGGAGUUGUAAAGAAAGAACGUCGUCUCUACUUGGUUGGCCAGACUCGAGUUCAUGUAGACUCUGUGGAAGGUCUUGGAGACUUUAUGGAAUUAGAGGUUGUACUUGAUGAAGAUCAAACUGUUGAUGAUGGACAAAAAAUUGCAGAGAACUUGAUGACGCAACUGGGGGUAAAGAAAGAAGACUUAAUACAAGGUGCCUAUAUGGAUUUAAUAAUCAAACAGAAAAGCUGAUGACGGACAGUGUAGUUUGGUACAUGUUGAACACUGGAAAGAACAUGGCUUUCAUAAACAUCAUAUGUGUAUUUACGUGUUGAUGAACGAAACCUAAAUUAAAAAAUUUAAAAAAGAAAACAUCAUUCCGUUUUCUAAGACUGGAAUACUGAAAGAUGUGCUGUGGUGUUUGGAGGAAAUGCAGACCUACAUUUCAACAAAUCAACACCAGCAUGGUCUGUUGUGACCUAUAUUCCUACACAAAACACUUGUAUGCUCUGUGAGUGAGCUAAAUCAUACCCAGUAUAUGCAUACACGUGUAAAUGUUAUAAAUGACUGGCUGUUAAUCAUUUUUGGAGUAAAAUAAAAAAAAUGUACACAUA